AAUCCCAUCAGGAGAUUAAACAUCACCUCGCACAGAAAAUGCGUCUGUCCUUCCUCGCCAUUGUUACUGCUUUGACAGCAUCUAUGUCUGUCAGCGCAUGUGCCCCUCCGUUUCAAAUUUGCAUAUACGAUCGGGAUUGCUGCCCUCCGUUGACGUGUGGAAAUGAGAUCAUUGAGCCGGCAGCCCGAGCAGUACGUCGCGACAUUGAGUCAUUUUUCUGCUUUCGCUUUGGCAUCAUGAGCCAAUCAGUACAAUUGUUUUUGGAGAGGUGUUCAUACCGCUGGACAAUGUGGACGUUUGAAUAUAUCUAAAGAUCAUUGACGGUGUCUAGUCUUGCUCGCAGUCCACUAAGCUUGAAUUCGAGAGGCUAUCGAAACGAGCGGUCUUUGUUGAUGAUGAUGAAGGUCAUACGAAGAUGGAACGCACUGCGCAGGUUGAAUCUGUUCGUCUAACUUGGCCUCGAAGACUAGCUCGUGGAACCCUCUCUUGAUGGCGCCAACGAGACUCCGAUCGUGUUUCGUGACAGACGUGGUAUUUUCUGGUAUGCCCAAGGUCCUACGGGUAACGGCGGGCCAUCAUGCAUCAGUGCUGGUGAAC